AUGGACAGAAAUACAAAUUUGCAAAAUCAAAGUACGGAAAAAUCAAGUACAGAACAAGCUAGUCUCAAUAGUAGUACACGACCUUUAUCAAUAGAACCUCCGAGGUCAUCAUAUAAUGAUAAUCAAAUAGAAGUACUGCCUAAUCAACCAAGACAACCUGCUGAUUUACAAGGUUUAUUAAGGUUUGCUAUGGAAGCAACUAAAGUUGAAGAUGCUCCCAAUGAAUCAAAUUUUUAUCCCAUCGAUGAUGAGCGCAAACGAUUUCUUGAUGAGGCAUUAUCAUCAAUGUCUGUUAAUAUAACUGAUGAACUGCAAAAAGAUGUCAAAUUAUUGAAAAAUAUAAUGGAUCUACGGGAAGAAGAUGAUCCGUCAGAAUAUGAAGCUGCUCUGGACAGAGUUACAGACUGGGCGGAUAGUAUGGAUAUGGCAAAUGAUUUUUAUAAAAUUGGAGGAUUUUCUAUUUUUGGAAUAUGUUUAAAUUCAUCUCAUAAUGGAAUUCGGUGGCGAGUUGCUAAUCUUAUUGCAGAAUUGACACAAAAUAAUUCCUAUUGUCAAGAAAAAGUAUUAGAAGCAGGUUACAUGCCAAUAUUAUUAAAUAUGAUAGAUUCUGAUACAUCUGAAUUAUCAAGAAUUAAAGCAUUAUAUGCAGUCUCAUGUAUUGUGAGAGGAUGUGCAAUUGGUUUAAGGCAUAUGGAAGUUAAUGAUGGUUUCUCUGUUUUAAUUAGAACCAUGCAAAGUCCAAUACAAAAAUUACAAAUAAAGUCAGCAUUUUUAUUAUCAUCAUUAUGUACUAAAGACAAAGAUAAUGGUUUGAAAUUAAGUUUAAUAAAAAUGGGUUUAAUAGAGCAAGCAUGUGGAUUACUUGCAAUGAGUAGUUUGCUUCCAGAAACUCGGGAACAACUUCUUAACGUGCUUAAUGGAUUAGUAAAUGAUAAUUAUUAUCCUGCUUUAAAAGAAUGUCGACGACCAGAACUUUGUUUGAAGCAAACUUUGGACAGACAUUUGCAAGAAUCGAAAGCAGAGAAUUGUAUUGACACAGAAAGCAUAUGCAAUGAACUCUUAGAUAAAGUUUUUGCUGAUGUAGAAUUAGAAUUAGAAAGAUAAUUUAUAAAUUAUAAAUACAUAAAAGUUUAAAAAAUAAUUCAACAA